UUGGCAGCAUGUUUGAUUGUAAACUGUUAAGAUCAUGAAAAGCUGGUUAGUGCUUCUAACGAGUCAGUGCUAUCAAAAACAUCACCAGGCACUACUUCUGGCACACUAUCUCACAAGCCUACAAACGGUUCCCCAUUCCCACAUCAUGCUCAAGUGUAAUGGGCCCGUAAUCUUCCACCCAUCCCGCACCGCUCGAAAGGUGCCGCGGGUACCUCACUUCCCCGUGCCUACCUGCCCAUUUGAAUCAAUAAUUAUAUCCUUUCUCUGGACUCCUUCAUCCUCCACAAUAAAAAUGUUUGGCUCGCGCAAAAUCGUCCGCCAAAUAUCACCCAGUUAGCUCCUCUCGGCUAGCCUCGGUCGUCGCAAUUUGGGAAGCAACCUCUAUGAGCUUGGCCAUAUGGCCGGAUAACGUCGGGGGGCGCAUGACGGGACGUGUCCCAGAUAUUAGCUUUAAACUCAGUGAACACAGGAUAACUGAAUUCGAUUGUGGGAGCAAGGAUAGGAGUGAAGCUCCUAGCAUAACGACUAACGAGGAUCGGCAUUCCCUGAUUUUGGCUAGACGUCAAGCGCACGUCAAAAUUGCCAAGCGUGGUACCACAGCAAUUAACACAAUUUUCGUGCCACUCUCGAUCUGGCCCCUAUUGCUCGUAGCCAAUGGAAGGGAACUGACACUUCUUCAUCUACAUCGAAGUGAGAUGGCCACAGAACUGGUCAAGUCAGUUGUGAUUAUCACGCAAACGUGAGCGAAGCUCUUCUGUAUCCCCUAUGCCUAAAAAUUGGUACGGCUAAACGGCACAUCAGCAUGCGGAAAGGCAAUUCAAGUAAUGUCGUACCUUCCAUAGGAAGCCCCUAUUUCAAUCACAUUGAGCUGUGCUGCAAUGCUAGUGAGCGUUUUCAG